AUGGCACUUAAGACAGUGGUGUCCACGCUGGUGGCGUCUUCGGACGCUGACCUUGAAACCUAUUUCAUAAGUAAUCAAAUAUCGCCACUUGUCCAUUUGAUUAAUAACUAUUUGUCACGUGGUAUAGCACUACAGACGCGCGUAGACUGCGAUAACAACAACGAGAGCCACGAGGCAGUAGCAAAAACGCUUUUAGUCGACUCUGGUGCCGUGUUUUCGCUCUUUCUCCGUCUAGUAGACGCCCAACCACAGCUGCUACAGCGAGCAAUGGACUGCGGGUUGCUGCACGUAACAAGACUGGUCCCUUUCUGUCAGCUCUGCGGUGUCAAAAACGCUAGUGCGGUGGCAAACCUUUCAGACGGUCUUGUCAAUAAUGUUGCUACGUUUUCGACGACUACGGUGAUGUUGCGGCAGUUUUACAUUCAGCAAUUGCACGACCUCUAUGUGAAAGUAGUGCAGGCUAAACGGGACCAAGUGGUGGAUUUGAUUCGAAGCAUUUCUGCUGCUGGACGGGAAGGAUUUGGAUAUGGAGCUGACACUGCAGGACCAGACGAUGUUCUAUGGUGUAGUACAAUGCUACGAGAUGUUAUUGCCGACCUUGCAUCAGCAUGUAUCAACUUCUCACGACGAGACUUGUCUAGUGGAGAGAAGCUGCUGGCUGGUCUGCAUGCUUUGAGUAAUGGCUGUUUGGACGACGAUGCCGAGCACGGGUCGUUCCUAAGUGACUUGUGGUAUUUUUGCGAGUACAAGGAAUAG